AUGGACGAGGGCCACAAAGUCCCCACUGCAUGGAGCUUACAGGGGACCUGCACGACCCCCGCCCCGCGCAGCGCGUGUCCGGAGCUGUGGCUGGGGCGGACUCUGCCAGGGAGCCCGGUCCCGUCCCAGCUCCCCCUCCGCUGCCUCGGCUUCCUCGCCUUCCUCUGGCAGAGGCGCCUGGCAGAGCCUCGCGUGCCACCUCCCGACCACCCCGGGAAGCUUUGGCGAUUGCACCCGGGACAGGAGCGACAGGAGAGAGCGGGCGCGCCCCGCCCCUCGAGUGGCCCUUCUCAGUCUCCCCCGCGCCGGCCGGGCAGAGCUCCUUUAGGAUCUGCUGGCGCUCAGGUCCGGACAGUCCUGGACUGCUUCCCGGAGAAGGCAGCCCCGGGCACAGCGCCCUCGGAGCCGCCGGCGCCGGCCCGGCUCCCUCUGGGAUCCCAGCAGCUGCUUCUCCUUCUUCGGCUCCGGGACUCGCAGGGCUCAGCCUCCCUGGACGAGGGGUCCCUCGGAAACCUGCCGCGUUGGGGACGCCGCCCGGACACAGCUGGACUGCCAGGACCCACCUCGCCUCCGGGAGACGCGCCCCUCGCCACCCUCCAGGCGCCGCGGAACUUGGAGAGGUUCUAG